GAAUCGAUGAUGUCACUUUGUGGGGGAUCUUACUAAGGGCUCCCGGUCCCAUGUGGUCUGUUGCCUUGAGACUGAAAAACCUACGCCAUUCAGAACCAUUCUCCUCCCAAACAUGUCCGAGACUGAAGCUGAGUACGAAACCCAUCCGGCUGAGAGUCAAGCUAAUUCUAGCACUGGGAUCAGUUUCCGAAAAGGCUUGGAGCCCUCCGAGCUGGAUGCGCAUCUUUUGCGGAAGGAAGACGACCGAUCAGUCUCGAGCCAAACUCAUACUGUCAAAUCGGCUGUCCAAACAUUGAGCCAGGCGAUUUCUGAAAGUGAUCUUGAAAAGGAUGACUCGCUCAAUUUCCAGCUGGCAAGAGCAGCCCAAACGAUUUCGAAUUUUCUCAAGGUAGCUCACUUGACCAUUUUGACCGAGGAAGACUAUAACCUACUGCCUGAUUGGAUGAAAAGAGAUUUGAUCGGAUGUUUGGACAUGAUUUUGAGCGAAAGGUUCUUGAACGCACUCUUCCUCCUGAGGCAACACAUACGUCAUUUGGCUAUCAAGCGCGAACGCAUCGUAUCUACUCAAAUGGUAACAUUAUCCGACGUUGUUAUUGCCGCCAUCAUCGAUUAUGCUAGUGAUACGCCGCAAGGGAAGAGAAAAAGAACAGACCGGGCGGAGUGUCAAACAAUUGAGCUUGCAGUGCGACUACCACAGCGGAUUGACAGCUUAGCUAUUUUUCUUAAAACGCCCAUCUUUGGAGAAGACCCCGAUCUGAACCUACAAGUCAAAUUGGGCGCCUUGGCAAUACUCUACUGCUCUAGAUGCCUGAACCCCAUAAGACAGCUCUCUGAGAAGAAUUUGGCCGAUUGCAUCUCAGGUUUUUGCCUCUGCGCUCGAUUGAAAAAUAUUCCUGGUCUGGCGAUAGCUCAUCUUAUCUGUGUUUACAUUUCCUCUUGCGCGGAUUUUAAGGAUGAAAUCCAUCCCUUCAAGCCUGCCACAAACGCUGCUCUAUGGACGUUACUCAUUCAGCUGUUUCCAGAGACAGGCUUGCUUUCCAAAGAAGCCUUUGACUCUGGACAAAAGGCAUUUUUUUCCCAUGGUGCACUUUUGAUGCCCUGGAUUUGGUGGAACAGUUCCCUUUGCCCUGCUCAAGGCAUAAAUUGGGUAGGGGUUAUUACUCUUUUGUGGAUACGUCAAGAAUACUCGUGGCUCGGCUUGAAUUCCAGUACUCAUGGACUCUUUUUAUCCAACUCCUCUCAGUUUGAAUGUUUGGAAGAAGCCUCAAAUUACUCGCGCGUGGUGGACGUUUUGCUAGAGAAUCACGCAAUAGGUUUCAAACAUUUACUGGGAGUCAAUCGGGAUCAACAUUCUUCAGAACAAUCCGGUAUCGAAAAGUGCUUCCCAAACUACACUAUGUUGGCAGUGCUUCAAGUCUACUCGGCGGUAUGCAACUUACCGAAAAUACAGCUGAGUACGGAAGAAAAAGAUGAGAUCUGCGCUCAGAUUGAAAAAGUCUUGCAAGUCGAGAUCGAUCGAAGCUUUGAAGGAUCGGCUGGGUUGGAAAUUCUAAACAUGAUCCUCAGCUUGCCACAGGAAGUUUGUGAUCGCAUGAUGAAGAGCUUGCAGAUCAGGUUCCACUGGAUGCUUGAAAGCUUGCUCCUGGAGAUAGAGAUUUCUGCCGACCCUACCUAUCGCCAAGAAGAAAACCUGUCACAUCAAAAGCGAGCUUUAAGCAAGUUAGAAUUUCUUACGAAAUGUGUCGAAAGUCAGCCAUUAAUUAAAGAGCAUCUAGGCAAGAGCUCAGUAUUUAACUUAGUUAAUACACUUUUGACACCGCUAAGGUGCCAUCAUACGAUAGCACUGGCCAUAACCAAAUUAACUUUGUGUAUUUCCAAAUCGGCAAAUGUGGGAUACGCGCUAAAUCACCAGCAGAUGAGAACGGUUUCUGAGGCAUUAAUUGAAGUCAUGACGGUUGGUCAUGAAGCAAGUACAAAACGUCGGCGACGCGGUGAAGGGGUUAUGGCUGGACUGGCGACUGCAGAUUUCGUCAAAGAAUAUGGCUCUCAAUUCGAUUAUCAAAUGAAUUAUCCAUUGGGAAUUUAUACUGCCCUGCGAGAAGAAUUGGCCGAUGAGCUUUGGAUUCACUUAGCCACUCUGCCACAAGCCGAGCCAACCCCGUCAAGCGAUGGUUCCAACAAAACCUCCAAUCACACUGGAUCGGCUCCCGAAAAACAUCCCGGAAUUUCGAUUGCCGAGGGAAUGGACAUAUUAUUUGAACGAUUUAGUGAACUUCAAAGGAAAUACAUCCGAGCAAGCCCGUUGGCACGAGAGUUGUUGAUUUACCUGAAGUCCAGCCCGGAGGAAGUGCUUCAAAAUAUGAUCCACAUGCUUUGAAAUCACAACAUUUAUUUGAGUUCAGCGCAGUCAAAUAAAUCUUCCUUUUUUCAUUG